GCCCUCCUCCCCUUCUACCCACCGCCAUGUGAGGGGCAGGCACCGCGCCAUGGGGAGGCCGCCAGCAAGGACCACCUCGUGGGGAUUCUCCUUUACCACUCCUUCCUUUCUCCCUCCCAUCUCUCCCUCCAAAGAUGUUGGAAUCGACCGGGUGUUUCAGGACUCUGGACUGCCUCACUUCAGGCCGCAGGUCUCAGCUCUACCAUUGUCGACCUGAUGGAGAACCUGGCAGGCAGCCUACCUGCAGGGGCAGUGGCUGCUGUACUGAAGCCCAGUGAGGGACCACCUGAAGGGAGUCAAACUGUAUGUGGAUAUGAUUUUGACUGUGGAUUGGAUUAUCAUGCCUUACUCCAGUCUUAUCUCACAACGGGUUUCCAGGCUACCAGCUUUGGACAGGCUGUCAAUGAGAUUAAUCGCAUGAUUGAAGCAAAGCUGGCCCCGUUACAGGAGGAUGCAGGAGACCAUACUGACCUCAAUCCCUGUCCCCGUCGUCUGACAGGCUGCACCAUCUUUUUGGGCUUCACCUCCAACCUCAUCAGCUCAGGUGUCCGUGAGACCAUCCGCUACCUGGUGCAACACAAUAUGGUGGAUGUAUUGGUAACUACAGCAGGUGGUGUAGAGGAAGAUCUGAUCAAGUGCUUGGCACCUACUUAUAUUGGAGACUUCAGCUUGCGUGGAAAGGAACUGCGGCAGAGUGGAAUCAACAGGAUUGGAAAUCUGCUGGUGCCCAAUGACAAUUACUGCAAGUUUGAGGAUUGGCUCAUGCCAAUCCUAGAUCAGAUGGUGACAGAACAGGAUACAGAGGGCAUGAAGUGGACACCAUCCAAGCUCAUAGCUCGGCUUGGCAAGGAAAUCAACAAUCCCGAAUCAGUUUAUUACUGGGCACAGAAGAACAGCAUCCCUGUGUUAAGCCCAGCAAUAACGGAUGGUUCCCUGGGGGAUAUGAUUUUCUUCCAUUCCUAUAAGAAGCCAGGCCUUGUGCUGGACAUCGUAGAAGAUUUGAAGCUAAUCAAUACCCAGGCUAUCUUUGCACAAAAGACAGGAAUGAUAAUCUUGGGUGGAGGUCUUGUCAAACACCAUAUUGCCAACGCUAACCUGAUGAGAAACGGCGCUGACUUCUCUGUAUACAUCAACACAGCCCAGGAGUUCGAUGGCUCAGAUUCAGGAGCUCGGCCUGACGAAGCAGUCUCUUGGGGAAAGAUCCGCAUGGAUGCCAAGCCUGUCAAGGUUUAUGCUGAUGCUUCCCUCGUUUUCCCGCUGCUUGUUGCACAGACGUUUGCACAGAAACCAAAUGCCUUUGUUUCAGAAAAGCAAAAUGAUUGAACUGUUGACUGCUGCAUGAGACAUCGCAACAUCUUUUAGUAACUGUUUGGACUCAUCUUACAUAAUACUGUAGUAACACUGCAGUUGCUGGCACUUGCCCUGGAUCUGUUUUAAGUUUGGGUGAAAGGAAGACAUUUUGACUGCUAGAACAAGAUGUUCCUCAUCCUCCAUACUUCUAGAGGCUAUGUACCCAGCCCUGUGCUCUGAACACAGUUAGAAUAUGAGCGCCUGGUUUUCGCGUUGGCUGUGUAAUCAUGAUCUGUCUUCUAAGGAGCCAGCUUAAUUUGCAGUUUCUUAACAUUUUUCGUCAUAUUUUGAUCAUGUUUUCAGUUCUAUUGUACAAAGUUUCUUUGACAAUAGGCUCUGGAAAUAUUUUUUUUUCCUCCUCCUCUCAUGUAACACCUGACCCUGGCCAUAUCUCCAUGUUCACAGCCUGCAACAUCGCAUUUUAACUUGUGACUUUUCUUCUGUCAGUUUUAUUUAUUUAUUUGGUGUGUUUGUGGAAUCAGCUUGAGAGCACCGGCCUCUUAAACCACAGCAGUGUGCAGGAUUAUUUUGUUUUGGGAGCCAUAGAAAUGUUUUGUGGUGCACUUGGAUGAAAAUGGCUACUUUAGUUCACAACAUAUUGUGUGUUCCUCUGGAGAUAAUGCUGGGCAGAGAGACCACAGCUGUACUGGGCAUGCACAUCUGAUUCCCCCAUAGACCUAGUAAAUUAUAAGAGGAAUAGCUAUGAUUUACUCACAUUGAACUCCUAGUAUUUUCAUAACAGACUGACUAUUCUGUGAACCUUGGAAAUUAGGUCUCUCUGGACUCUUAGGGAGAUCUCAGUGGGAAAUGCAUUCGUUAUGUGUUAUAUCAUGGUAUGACAAGCUUGUUGUCUCUUUUUUCUUUUUAAUUCUAUUUUGGAUCCACCUCUAUUAGCAAAAACUACUUUUUUACUAUUAAAGGGAAUACUUACUUUCUAUAAUUCCUAUUCUGAUACUCAGAAUAAUAAAAGGACACACAUAGGACACACAUUGGCCUGACCAUUGACUUCCCAGUGCUGUUGGAGAAGGUUUGAAGAGAAACUAUAACUAUUGCAGUGCCUUGGACAAUUGGGAACAGUUUGAAGGGAAGCAACUGGGAAACUCUGAGAGCUGCAGUAGUAUUCAGCCAAAAAUAAUUGUGGAGUUUGUUUUCAAAAGAUACCAAAUUUUUUAAAAAAUGAAAAAUGAGUUAUAGGUGGCAGCGCAUUGUUGGUUAGGAGUAGAAUAUUAUGUACAGAUCAAAACUAAAAAUGUAUCAAAUUACUUCGGUACAGCAUUUGGAAGUGGCAUUUUAUAGCAAAAGAAUGCACAACCUCACCACAUUUCCCCCCCUAUUCCUGUUUUUUUGUUUGUUUUCCAUAUCAGGAGUGACUUGAAAAACUGCAAGUCACUUCUGGUGUGAGAGAAUUGGCUGUCUUCAAGGAUGUUGCCCAGGGGACACCUGGAUGUUUUUGAUGUUUUACCAUCUUUGUGGGAGGCUUCUCUCAUGUCCCCGCAUGGGGAGCUGGAGCUGACAGAGGGAGCUUAUCCGUGCUCUCCCCGGAUUCAAACUGGCAAUGUUCAGGUCAGCAACCCAACCUUCAGGUUAGCAGUUCUGCCAGCACAGGAGUUUAACCCAUUGUGUCACUGGGGGUUCCCCCGAUUCCUGUAAAUUUUGUUCAGUUGGAUUUGUUACUAUUUGGAAACAAACUCCAGAAUUAUAAUUUUAGCAGGUGAGGUCUGAUUUUUUUAAUUUGUUGCCCAGUAAAUGAUCUUACGGUUUUAAAAUAUGUAUAUGUAUUUUCAUAUGAUACCUCAUUGACGUGCAAACUUGGAAUGUUACAGUAGUGGAUCUUAAGUUGCUUAUUAACAUGUUUUGGUCAUGUAUAAUAAAUGAACUAUGGAUGUUGAUGUCAAAAUAAAAAACUACCUUGCAUAAUUUA